AUGGCGCAUGGACAUUCCAUCAAGAUCCGCGAGCAGUUGGUUCAUUCCGUCAAUGCUCCAGCGCAGUUUUCCACCUGCAGCGACUGCUGCAAGGCCACCCCACCGCCCAAAUUUAAGCUCGGCGACGAGAUCCGUACGAGGUUUUGGACUCACAAAGACUUCAAGCGUGUUCGGAGCGAUGACAGCGUGAUGGCCAAUGUCAUCAAGGUAACGAAGACUGAUUCGGUCCGGGUUCGGCUCAUCAGUUGGCCGGAUUCGACUCUUUUCAAUGCCACUGCAGGCCGGUUGAAACUGCAAGAGAUGACGGGGAGCAACAAGUCCUAUGAUGCCCUCUUUCAGUCUGACAAGCAGGUGGAUGGCAAGAAUCUGGUCCAUGUGAAGUAUUUGAAUAAGAACUUUGGAGAGGAGGACUUGCCCAGCGACUGGGUACUUCCAGAAUUCGCUGGUGAGGAGCAGGUCGUGCCCUUGAACUGGGUCCAGACCAACUCCACUGCCAAGGUCAAUGCCAGUCAGGAGGCCGAAUGCUCUAAGCUGGAGGAAGAAGACUGCCGUGCCGAGCCGUCCUGCGGUUGGCAUGCAGCCAAGGAGAGCCUUCCUUGUCAGCUUGGUGAUUGGGCAGACUGGAUGCCUUGCAGCGUGACAUGUGGUGCAGGGACCCAGACACGAGUGAGGGCCCCACUGACGCCGGCUUACAAGGCGGCGUGCAAGAAGGAGGUGAAAAAAGGCAAGUUGGAGCUCAAGUCCAAGCGGUUUUGCACGGAGAGGAAAUGCGACGACGUUGCCCCAGUCUGCAACCUGAGGUCCGAGGAGGAGAAGAAGAAGAAGAAAUCCUCCGGAUUCCAGGGUCAGGCCUUCGUCUUCUUGGAGCUCAACACAUCAGUGGAGCCCGAGAAGCCCCAGCCACGAACUUUGCUGGAGCCGCCGCCCUCGGCCAUGGGGGCUUUGCUGGAGCUUCUGAGGUCCCUGAUCGAGUGGGUUCAGUCGUUCGCAUUGAAGCACGGCGUUUCAAAUCCCAGCGACGUGCUACCAGAUUAUCACAGCGCACAGCUUUGCACCCCACCUACCGAGCACACGGUGUUUGCUGGCAUCGGGGAUGCAGAAAAGGAGUCGAACACAGCACUGGAGGAUGACCCGCGCUUCAUCGCCGACGGCCCGGACCAACUGCAUGGCUACUACCAGAUCCGUAUGGACUUGGACCCCAAUGACAAUACGGCACGCGGAGCCUGCAACAAGUGCAGCGAGGGCUGUUCGGGCCCCCGGCCGGAUGACUGCAUGGAAUGCCCCUUGCACAAAACGCUGCACAUCGAUAUGUCCGGACGUGCCGUCUGCCUCGACGAGUGUCCCGAAUGCUUCACGCUCUCCGACGAUGGUACCUGCGAGUUUGACGACGACUCCGGCCCUCAAUGCAGCCACAAGGCGGCCUUUCAUCCCAAAGUCAUGCCGGAGGACCGAGGCGAUCCAGCGGCUUGUCGGGAGCUGGACAAAAUGAAGGUGGAGGCUGGGGGCUCCAGCGCUGUUUCCUUGCUCGGCCUGGGACGGCAUCCUGCACAUGCCCGCGCCGCCGGGAACCUUUCCCUGACCUCUCUAGCAUCCUACACAGGACAGCGCAGCCACGGGCGCAGAAGCAAGAAGGAGAUCCAUUUCAAUAAGAUGUCGAUCGAGUUUGCUGAGCAGGCCAACAUGCGCCGCCAGGGGAGCGGCCAUGGAGGUAGUGUCCCGGUGGAAGCAGUUGACCUUGACAGCUUGAAACGCUGCGCAUCGACCGCCUCGGCCCAGCCGUGGGGCCGUGCAAAGGAUUGGUCGGGGAAUUGGCAGGGGAUGGCAGAGGCCAUGAGGCCGCGGUGUGAUCUCUCCAUGCCGGGCGUGGCAAGCAGAUCAGUAUCUACUUAA